CGGUGCUGCCGCCGCGGCGGAUUGGAUGAGCGCGGCGCGGAAUCCGUGAACUGCCCGCGGCCCCGCGGGUGCAGCUCCUGGACUAACCGGCGCUGUCCUGCCCCAUGGACGUGAGUCCUAGGCCCCUUACCCUUUCCCGGAGGGACCCCGUAAGUGCCUUAAACUCGCCCUGACUUUGCCUGCCUUCGAGCCCGGACUGGACAGGGGGCUCUGUACCCAACGUAGACCCUUCGAGCUCCGGAGGAGAGCUGUGAGACAGUGCCGGGAAUAGACUUCCCACGGAGCGCACAUUCCCGCGCUUCUUGGCAAGAUGAGAUGCUUGCCAAGUAAUCAAGGAGAAGAGGCAUCCCAGGCUGGGGGAGCAGCUCGGGCAGAGCCUCGGGGUGGGAGAGAGGGUAGGCGUUUGGGGAGCUGCUGGGACUUCAGUAUGGCUGGAGUGGAGAGGAGGAGGGAGGCUGAGGUGGGCAGGGCUAGCCUCGGGGCUUUGUCACCGAGAUAAGAAGUUUGGACUGAGUCACUGGGAGCCAUUGAAGGACUGGAAGGAAAGGACAGAUACACAACACAGCUGGGAUGGGAAGGGGCAGAAUGGCGGGUUGGAAGACAGUCAGCGGCCAGUAAUGUGGCCUAAGGGACAGUAAAGUAGUACAGAGGAAUCAGAGACAAUAGAUAUGUUAUGGAGAGGCAUUCUGAGAGGAAGAGCAACACAUCUUGGAACAUUCUAGAAUGAUCAACAGGUACCGAUGGUGCUGAAACGGGGGCGACAGAGGAAGGUCACAUUUGGGGAACAGGAUAGUGUAGUCCCAAUGACUCUCUCCCCAGCAUCUGAUGGCUGUUCCUCCCCUCUUCCCAGCCACCUCCGGUGUCCCUCCUGGUAUUUUUGCCUUCCUGCAGCCCCUCCCACCUCCUUGUCACCCCUUCCUCCUGUGCUUGUCCAGGCCUCCUCUAGCCCGUGGAACCCAACCCCGGCUCCCGUCAGCAGUCCCUCCCUGCUGCUCCCCAUCCCCGCCAUCGUCUUCAUCGCUGUGGGCAUCUAUUUGUUGCUGCUCGGUGUAGUGCUGCUGACGAGACACUGCCUGCUGGCCCAGGGCUGCUGCACGGACUGCAGCUCCCCCUGCAGGAAGCAAGGCGCUUCCCGGCCCCAGGACUGUUGCUGGACCUGUGCGGAAGCCUGCGACUUCCCUCUGCCCAGCCCCGCCCGCUGCCUGGAUGCCUGCUGCCCCCAGCCCACCGAAGCUGGUUGGGCCUCUCGCUGCCCUCGCUGCUGCCCACUCUGCGACUGUGCCUGUGCAUGCCAACUUCCUGACUGCCAGAGCCUCAACUGUCUCUGCUUUGAGAUCAAGCUCCGAUGAGGACCCGGAGUCCCUGCCCUUUGGGGAGCGGCCAACCUCCUGGGCCCACAUGUCCCUUUCCCUGAGGGGCGACUGGACACCUUUCUCUAGGCCACUGGAACCACAAAUGGCCUGCCCAGCUCAUCAGCCCGGGAACCAGCUGUGGAGAGCCUGGCUUCCUGCAGAGCAGGACUCAGAGAGCCCUUGGCCCGCUGGACUGCAACCCCUUUGGGGGGCCAGGAGGGAGAGGGGCUAGUGCUCUGGCAGGUGCCCCUCCCCGCCUCUCCUCCUCCCCACAUAAACUGUUAAAAUUGAAGGUGAGGGUGGGAGACGCUGCUCACCACAGACCACAUUAUGGGACAAACUUGAGCCUUGAGCGUCAGGAUAUAGGGGUACCACAACCACACCUUGUCCGCGGACUCUUGGUUAUUUUGAGAUCCCUGGCAAAGAUUGAUUUCUCUUGACAACCUUUGAGGGCCUCAGGCUGGAUUUCCAAGGAAGAAAUUUCCUCAGAUGGACGGGCAAGGUGACCCCAUGGCAGAGCGCAAGCCAGAAGGGUCCAGCUUCUACAUGACCUGUCUUUCCAUGUCUCUGGCCUAUUGCUUUACCACAGAUGCCAGUACGCAACCCCACCCUAAGGUGGGAAACACCCAGCAACAAACAAAGUUAGGGAAGGUACAGGAGGCAGGCCUAGUACAGGGAAGUUGGGUGUAAGGGAGGCUUGGGCACAGGAAGUGCCCCAAGACCUGUCCAGUGUGGACUAGGGGAGGUAGGGAACCUUUGUCCUGACCUCCAGGCAAGGGGCCCUGCUUGUGGGGAGACCAUGGGAAGACCCAGCUAACCAUUCCUCCCCUGUCUGCCUCCUUUGGCCAGGAACUGACCGGCACCAUGCCCUACCAAUACCCAGCGCUGACGCCAGAGCAGAAGAAGGAGCUCUCUGACAUCGCUCACCGCAUUGUGGCUCCGG